AUGGACCCCCUCCUCCCAGGAACAACCAUUUCCCCCGUCCUCGCCGUGCCAGGCCUCUACAUCUCCGACCGCUUUGCCGCACGCUCAAACUCCCUUCUAACCGAGCAUCGCAUUACACACAUCCUAUCCAUACUCCGCUGGGAAGACCGGCCUCGACCUUCGAGUUAUAAAGACGCGGCAGAUGAUGGGACAGAGACGGUCACGAAUACGGGCUCGGACCUGCGAAGGAUAACUCGGAAACACGUUGAUAUGGACGAUGAUCCGAUGGAGGACUUGCUCGCGCACUUGGAUGAGAUGCUGGAUUGGGUUCAUGAUGCCAUUAUUGGGCCUGCUCCUUUGGAUGGAGCCGAGGAAGAUCAGGUGAAUGCAGGAAAGGAAUCCGGCAUGGACACCUCUACACGCCAGGACCAAGGUCGGGUUCUUGUUCACUGCAACCAAGGGGUUUCCCGCUCGGGGUCCGUGGUUGUUGGGUAUAUCAUGAGAUACCUUUCGCUUCCAUACGCCGCUGCUCUUCUCACUGCGCGGCAAUCUCGACCCGUGAUUGCGCCGAAUAUCGGGUUCGAGUAUCAGUUAAGGAUGUGGGAGAGGUGCGGGUUCGAUGUUUUUCUGCCGGAGGGAGAAGAUCAGGAAAAUGAUCAAGAGGAAGAGGAGGGGCAAGUCCAGCUAAUUGAGGAAUCGGAGUAUGCAGCGUGGAAAGAAGACGUUGCGCAGGUAUACAGCCAUGAGCAGCUCAAGGACUUUCAGCGCGCCAGAGAGGAUUGCAUCAGAAGAAUGGUAGCGAGGUUGGGAGUUCUGAUGAAAGAUGAUACCUAA